AUUUUUUUGCGUUCACUUACAUCGUAGAAACGAGGAAGGAUCAACACUAGAGUGUCUUAGUCUAGGAUAGAUUAGCCAAAUCCUGUAUUCAUUUUAACAUGCCGACCCAGAAUAGCGCGACCAAUACGAGUUUGAAGGUUUGCGUCAAGUUAAUUGCUGUUUUCGUGACUUUCCCCGCGGUUUUGUUAGCCGGGAUUAUAUCCAAGGGAGCAAUCUUCUUUAUGACAUCGCAGAUCGGAAGAGAGAUGACGCAACUCGCUUCAGGAGAUUCCCAACAACAUCUGAAGGUCAUCGCUUGCUGGUUGUGGGCUCUUUUUUUCAGUUUUGCAGUCCCCGAGUUAUUAGUUUUCAUUCACUCGUUACAUAUUUGUUUCUCUCGCCGCAAAUUGUGGAAGCGCCCCCGGUUCGUUCAAUUUGUGAUUGUCUUUGGAUUAGAAACGGGACAGACCGUUGGGAUGGCCUUGCUUGUCGGUUCCGUCCUGCCGUAUCUCUCGGUGACUCACGGAGUUUUAAUCACCAAUUGCGUUUACCUGGCGCCAGCCAUUCUAAAUUUGCUAAAUCGGGAACCAGACAAACUGAUAAUGCGACUAAUGGAUGCACUUUCUUUUGUUGCGCAACUCAGUGGCUGUUUGCACUGGAUCUUCAUUCGGCAUAGCCUCAACAAAAGCCAAAUGAUCAACUGGACCUUACCCGUGUCUCUGAUUCUCAUCUCUUUCGGAUGGUGGGAGAAUCACGUCAAUGGAGACGCUCCUAUUAGUUUUAUCAGAUAUUUCGGCCGAAUCAAAGAAGAAAUGAAAGAGACCAGACCAUUCGCUUUCGUAAUUAUUAGCGCUUGGAAAAUAGUUCUGUUUUUCGCCACGAUUUUUACCGCAGUUGAAUUGGCGCUCGUUGCGCAAGAGGCUCACGACGGCGUUUUCGAUUCGUUCUUGAUUGUUAUCAGAGGUGGUUUCAACCAGUUCUGGAACAGUUUCAUGUCCGUCGAAUGGACUUCCCCGUUUUACAUUUUUGUCAUCCAAGCCACUUCCUCUUUCCUCUUUUAUUGGUUCGGCAAUUUUGCAUGUCAGAUCGGUGUGAAGAGCACCUGCUUCGCCUUACCAGUGGUUUUGAUUACCCCUGUUAUCAUGACGAUCGCAUCCCACUUUGAAAUCGCCAAAAUAUUUGACGGUUAUUUCAACGCUAAAAUAGAAAAUCAGCAAUCAUUUGUAUAUCUGCUAGCGCUCUCUUUCUUCUGGUUUCUCUCACAGACGUGGAUAACCCUUCACAUCUGGUCUCCCGCAGAAAUUUCCAAUGAAUUGGUUAGCGACACAAAGUGGUACAAUUCUCUACUUAUUGAUCAGUCAAUGAGUUUCAGCCCAACUCGUCACCACGACAAGGUUAAAGAGUCAAGCUUUACCAGUGUUUUUGCCGUUGCAACCAUGUGGCGCGAAACGAGCGACGAAAUGCUAAUCAUACUGAAGUCCAUUUUCCGCAUGGAUAAGGAUCAAUCCAGCCGGCAUUUAGCCCGUUAUUGCAACAAUAAGGUUAUCGAUCCUCAUUGCUAUCACUACGAGACCCACAUCUUUUUCGACGACGCUUUCGAAUCGUACUCGAAAGAUGGCACAACCUCGAGAGUCGUCAAUCAUUUUGUCAAUCAAUUGAUUGAACUGAUGGACAAAAUGAAUUGUAAAUGGACAAGUACAUGCGACAGUAAGCCACCGGUCAUUUCCGUAACCCCUUACGGCGGCCGUUUAGAGUGGAAUUUGCCGGGAAAUACGAAAAUGACAAUCCACUUGAAAGACAAGUGCAAAAUUCGAGUUAAGAAGCGGUGGAGUCAGGUGAUGUACAUUGACUACCUGAUCCGCUACGAAAUAAUAGGAAAUCACUCCGACUUGGAAAAUACCUUUUUACUAACACUGGACGGCGACAUGGACUUCCGGCCGAAAGCUGUUCACAUCCUGGUGGAUGUGAUGAAUUCUCAACGAGAUGUGGGCAUCGCUUGCAAUCGCUCCCAUCCAACUGGAUCAGCAGGACCAAUGGUUUGGUAUCAAAUGUACGAAUACGCCGUUGGAUUUUGGUUGCUAAAACCAAGCGAAUCCGUAUUGGGUAAUAUCCUUUGCGCAGCCGGUUGCUUCUCCCUUAUCCGAGCAACUGUCCUACUGGAUGGCGAUGUCAUGUCCAAAUUUGCUGAACGAUCAGAAAAAGCCCACCACUUUAUUCAACGUGAUCAAGGUGAAGAUCGAUGGCUGUGCACUUUGCUCAUGAAACGCGGAUACCGACUCGCCUACUCGGCAUCCAGCUACGCCUACACUCGUUGCCCGGAGACAUUUACCGAGUUUUACAAUCAACGACGUCGUUGGACACUUUCCAUCAUCUCCAACACGCUCGACUUGCUCUGGAAUUGCAGACAAACCGUCAAACUCCAUCCGAAUAUUUCCUGGAUUUACAUGAUUUUUCAGUCCCUAUCACUAGCAAUGGGCCUCUUGUGUCCAGGAUCGAUUUUCCUUGUGCUGGUGAACACUUCGGCAACUACUUUUUUCAUAGACAAAUGGAUUAGUUUCAUAGUCCAUUCGGCUCUUAUUUUUGGUUUCAUCAUCAUCUGCUUCGUUGCUCCAUCUCGCAUUCAGCUCAGAGUGGCCAAAUGCCUUUCCGCCUUUUAUGGUUUAAUCGUUGCGGCUGUGCUUAUUGAUUCGGUGAUUUCAUUGGCCCUGGCCGGGAUUGAUCUUCAUGGAAACAAGAUGUCAUUUUCUUUAAACAAUGCCUUCUUUUUGUUCCUGACGAGUUGUGUCUUUCUGGCCGGAUGCCUUCAUCCGCGCGAAAUUCAUUGCCUCUUGGCCGGUCCCAUUUAUCUCCUCCUGACUCCUUCGAUGAGCAUGUUACUUGUCUUGUACUCUGUAAUCAACAUGAACGUUGUCUCCUGGGGGACACGGGAUGCCUCUGAAACAAUUGGCGUUCAAUCUCCCAACAAGGAUACGAAAUUAGAUAGUCAGCAGUCUAACAAAGGACUGACAUACUUCCAGGAAGUUUUCGGCCCUGCCAUGGACAAAACAAAAAGCGAUGAAAAGGCCUCCAGUGAUUACACGGCCUCGAUUAAUUGGAGUUUGGAGGCAGAGUCUCAUUUGCCGGAACAAAGGAACGUGAAAGAAUUGCCGGGGGAGGAGUGUAGCUUUUGGAGAGAGUUGAUACAAAGUAAACUAUUCCCCUUUGUGGAAAACCGGCAAGAGGAAAAGGAUCGAAUCUCCGCUGACUUGGAUCGACUACGGAACUUUUCAUUCGCCAUCUUCUUCCUGCUGAAUUCACUUUUCGUUGCAACGAUUUUUGGGUGCCAAAUGAAAAGUGAAGGUCUGGAGUCGAGCGAGGCGGACACUUUCAGCCAAUCCAACGAGUUAACGUCGUCUAUACUUAUUUGGUUGUCGGAAGCAAAUCCGGCCCAAUGGAUUGUGAUGUUCUUUGCCGGCUGGAUGCUCUUCGUUCAGUUUGCGGCUCUUUUAUCUUUCCGAUUAGAUAACCUGAUUCGCAUGUUAUCGUCCACAUCUCUAAACAUAUUCAAGACGGAGAGUCUCGAAAAGUCUAACGCGGCAACACUCUCCAAUCAAGUAGUUUUACUCAGCUACGGGACGACAAAAGAGGAUUCAACUAGAAAUCAACGAGGCGAUCUCUGCCAAAUGAAUCCCAAUUAAUGGAUCUAAGUAUACAGGAUUUUACAUUUAUGCAUGAUAUGGUAAUUAAGUCGAAUUAAGUAUAUACUAGGUUUAUUGGUGAUUGAAUUAAACGUAGAAAAA